CGCCGCGCUCGGGGGUCCCCGACCGCCUGCAUGGAUGUCUUCAGCUUUGUGAAGAUUGCAAAGCUCUCGAGCCACAGGACGAAAUCUUCGGGUUGGCCACCUCCCUCAGGAACCUGGGGCUUGAACCAGGUGCCGCCCUAUGGAUGGGAGAUGACGACAAACCGAGAUGGGCGAGACUACUUCAUCAGUCACAUGACACAGGCAAUCCCAUUUGAUGACCCUCGGCUAGAGAGCUGUCAAAUCAUUCCCCCGGCUCCUCGGAAGGUGGAGAUGAGGAGGGACCCUGUGCUGGGAUUUGGCUUUGUGGCAGGGAGUGAAAAGCCGGUGGUCGUUCGCUCAGUAACACCAGGUGGCCCCUCAGAAGGCAAGCUGAUCCCGGGAGAUCAGAUUGUAAUGAUUAAUGAAGAGCCGGUCAGUGCUGCGCCCCGGGAGCGGGUCAUCGACCUGGUCAGAAGCUGCAAAGAAUCGAUACUGCUCACUGUCAUUCAGCCUUACCCUUCUCCCAAAUCAGCAUUUAUUAGUGCUGCAAAAAAGGCAAGAUUAAAGUCCAAUCCAGUCAAAGUGCGCUUCUCUGAGGAGGUCAUCAUCAAUGGCCAAGUGUCGGAAACUGUUAAGGACAAUUCACUUCUUUUUAUGCCAAAUGUUUUGAAAGUCUAUUUGGAAAAUGGGCAGACCAAGUCAUUUCGCUUUGACUGCAGCACCUCCAUAAAGGAUGUCAUCUUAACCCUUCAAGAGAAGCUCUCCAUCAAAGGCAUUGAACACUUCUCCCUCAUGCUGGAGCAGAGGAUGGAAGGGGCUGGAACAAAGCUGCUCUUGCUUCAUGAACAGGAGACACUAACUCAGGUGACACAGAGGCCCAGCUCCCAUAAGAUGAGGUGUCUUUUCAGAAUUAGCUUUGUCCCAAAGGAUCCAAUUGACCUAUUAAGGAGAGAUCCAGUUGCUUUCGAGUAUCUCUAUGUUCAGAGCUGUAACGAUGUCGUUCAGGAGCGAUUUGGACCGGAGCUGAAAUACGACAUAGCCCUGCGGCUGGCCGCGUUGCAAAUGUAUAUCGCAACCGUCACCACCAAGCAAACGCAGAAAAUCUCCCUCAAAUACAUCGAAAAAGAAUGGGGAUUAGAGACUUUUCUUCCCUCUGCCGUGCUGCAAAGCAUGAAAGAGAAGAACAUAAAGAAAGCACUUUCACACCUUGUCAAAGCAAAUCAAAACUUGGUACCACCGGGUAAAAAGCUCUCUGCGCUGCAAGCCAAGGUCCAUUAUCUCAAGUUCCUCAGUGACCUGCGACUGUAUGGGGGCCGGGUGUUCAAGGCUACGUUAGUGCAGGCAGAGAAGCGCUCAGAAGUGACUCUUCUGGUUGGACCCCGAUAUGGCAUAAGCCAUGUCAUAAACACCAAAACCAAUCUGGUGGCUCUUUUAGCUGACUUCAGCCACGUCAACAGGAUUGAAAUGUUUACUGAGGAGGAGAGUCUGGUGAGAGUGGAGCUGCAUGUGCUAGAUGUGAAGCCCAUCACACUCCUAAUGGAAUCGUCGGAUGCCAUGAACCUGGCCUGCUUGACGGCUGGAUACUACAGGCUACUUGUAGACUCCAGGAGGUCAAUAUUUAACAUGGCCAACAAGAAAAACGCAGGGACCCAGGAAACAGGAACUGAGAAUAAAGGAAAACAUAACCUCCUUGGCCCAGACUGGAACUGUAUACCCCAAAUGACCACCUUUAUUGGCGAAGGAGAACAGGAAGCCCAGAUAACAUAUAUAGAUUCAAAACAGAAGACUGUCGAGAUUACAAACAGCACCAUGUGUCCAAAAGACCACCGGCCCAUGUACAUAGACACGUCCUAUCACUCGGAUGAGCUUAACCAGCAGCUGGCCCAGCCCAGUGAUGCCCCCUGCGAGGUCGACUACAGAAGUCUAGCUCAGCGGUCCCUGUUGACCCUCUCAGGACCAGAAACUCUAAACAAAGCACAGGAAUCUCCAAGAGGAGCUAAAGUGUCCUUUAUUUUUGGAGAUCUCGCCUUGGAGGAUGGUAUUAAUACCCCAACUCUUGGCUAUGAGAGACUAUUAGAUGAGAGUCCAGAAAUGCUGGCGAAGCAGCAGGAUCUCUACAUCGGCGGUGCCAAUGACGUGAAGAGCCUGGAGCUUGCUGCAGACACAGAGAGUAUCCAAUUUGUGGCAAAUUCAGUUUAUGCAAACAUAGGCGACGUGAAGAACUUCGAGGCCACCCAGGGCAUAGAAGAGCCCCUCUUGCAUGACAUCUGUUACGCAGAAAACGCCGACGAUGCAGAGGAUGAGGACGAGGUGAGCUGUGAGGAGGACCUUGUGGUGGCAGAGAUGAGCCAGCCAGCCAUCCUCAACCUGUCGGGGUCAAGCGAUGACAUCAUUGACCUCACGUCCCUGCCCCCUCCGGAAGGUGAUGACAACGAGGACGACUUCUUGUUACGCUCCUUGAACAUGGCCAUCGCCGCACCCCCACCUGGCUUCAGAGACAGUUCGGACGAGGAGGACUCUCAGAGCCAGGCAGCUUCCUUCCGCGAGGACAAGGAGCAAGGCGGCAGUCUGCAGAACGAUGACAUCCCCGUGUCCCUCAUUGACGCUGUGCCUACAAGCGCCGAGGGCAAGUGUGAGAAGGUCCUGGAUAAUGCUGUCGUUUCCACGCUGGAAGCUCUAGAAGCUCUGUCCGUGUCAGAAGAACAGCAGACCAGUGACAAUUCAGGUGUAGCCAUCUUGCGGGCCUAUAGUCCUGAGUCUUCGUCAGACUCGGGCAAUGAAACUAACUCUUCCGAAAUGACUGAGAGUUCUGAACUGGCCACAGCACAAAAGCAGUCAGAAAACCUGUCCCGCAUGUUCUUGGCCACUCACGAAGGCUACCACCCCCUUGCAGAAGAGCAGACAGAGUUCCCCACCUGCAAACCCCCCCCUGGGGGCUUGCCUCCCAAAUCCGCCCAUGCCCUGGCUGCUCGUCCAGCGACCGACCUCCCGCCCAAAGUUGUGCCUUCCAAGCAGAUACUUCACUCAGACCACAUGGAGAUGGAGCCUGAAACCAUGGAGACCAAGUCGGUCACUGACUAUUUUAGCAAACUGCACAUGGGGUCGCUGGCAUAUUCCUGCACCGGCAAAAGGAAAAGCAAGCUGGCCGACGACGAGGGGAAAGCACCCCCUAAUGGGAACAUACCAGGAAAAAAACAGCAGGGGACCAAAACAGCUGAGAUGGAAGAGGACACCAAAGGUAAAUUUGGUACUGUGUCUUCGAGGGACAGUCAACACCUGAGCACUUUUAACCUGGAGAGAACAGCUUUUCGCAAGGAAAGCCAAAGAUGGUAUGUGGCCACUGAAGGUGGGGUGGCUGAGAAAAGUGGGUUGGAAGCAGCAAAGGGGAAAACCUUUCCAAGAGCUUCUGGUCUUGUGACAAGGGAGACUGAAGGGAAAGAGGAAGGGGCUCCUGAUAGAGAAGCCAGGGAUGUUCCAGGACUUGGCCAAGGGGACCACUUCUUAACUGAUGUGACCUGCGUGUCUUCAGCCAAAGACUUAGAUAACCCAGAGGCUGCUGACUCAUCCACCUGUGACCAUCCUUCCAAACUUCCUGAAGCUGAAGAGACUGUGACCCACCUUUGUGACUACCACUUGGCCAAGCGGAUGUCAUCAUUGCAAAGCGAGGGCCAUUUUUCCCUGCAGAGCUCUCAAGGCUCUUCAGUGGAUGCAGGCUGUGGCACAGGCAGCAGUGACAGCGCCUGUGCCACUCCUGUGGAGUCCCCGCUCUGCCCCUCCAUGGGCAAGCACUUGAGUCCUGAUGCUUCUGGGAAAGGCAUCAAUUACGUUGCUUCAGAGGAAAGAGCCACUGGGCUUCCCAACCAUGGAGCCCCUUUUAAGGAACUGCACCCACAGACAGAGGGGAUGUGUCCGCGGAUGACAGUGCCUGCUCUGCACACAGCCAUUAAUGCUGAACCCCUGUUUGGCACUUUGAGAGAUGGAUGCCAUCGGCUCUCCAAGAUUAAGGAAACCACAGCUUUGACAGAGCCUGGGAAAGAGAGACGAGGAGGCAUGCCUUCAGCUUGGUCUCAACAUCCUGAAGCUGAUCCCUUCCUGCUACCAUCAAACACUCACUCGGAAUCAAAGGUGCCAAUUCCAAAUCAAGACCCUAAUGAUUUCUCCCAAGUAAACCAGGCAUACAGAGGGGCUGUGAGCUGGCUGCCACCGGAUCUGAGAGGGGGGAGCCUCAGGACACCCCCCAGCCAGAGGGCUCUGAGGCACAGCAGCAAUAUCCUCUCAGCAUCCAUAGGUUUGGAGACCUUCCAAGAGACAAGCAAGGGUGCAGUCAGCUUAAAGUGUCCAGGUAUCUCAGAAGCACAGAAGGGUAGUUCUGAAAGGCUAGCAGAACUCCCCCUGGGAAAGAAGCUCACCAAAAGUUUGUCCCAAAGCUCGAUGCACUUUAGCUCUGAAGGGAAGUUUCACAAAAGGUCUCCAGUGGCCCAGAAAGACUCAAAGCUGUAUAGGACAUUACCCUUGAGGAAGCUGGAGGGCAGCAACUGGAGAUGCCGGGGCCCUUUCAGCUACUGCUUCCUGAACCGAGGGCAGGAUGAAGAUGGUGAUGAGGAUGAAGAGGGAGAGGAGGCUGCCCACCAAGUCUCUUGCCUUUAUCGACCACAGAUGACUCAAGCCAUGCCACAACCAACCAGCCCAUCCCUGGCUGCUAGGAUUCAGAUGCAAGGAGGGGAGCUAUCCAGAGAUUCAGUUCUGAAGGUCUGGGCAGAAGACCUGAGUGGCCCAGAUGACUUGGACUUCAGCAACCUGGCUUUCGAUGCCCAGAUUUCAAGAAUAAAUGCCCUGAAGGAGAGCUCAUAUACAAUGCCUGAUGGGUUCCUUGCAGCCCAAAAUGAUGCCAAUGAGCUACUCUGCCUCAUCAGGGCAACCAAGGGAAAGAGACAGGAGUCACACCCUGAAGCAUAUGACCUAACACUUUCUCAGUACAAGCAACUGUUAUCCAUCGAGUCCAGACAGUUGGGAAGUGCCUGUAGGAAAAUGGCGAUGGCCGAGAAAAGCCCAGAGGAGAUGCUCCUAGCUAUGACUUCCAGCUUUCAAGUGCUCUGUUGCCUAACAGAAGCUUGCAUGCGAUUAGUUAAAGUUGUGAACUCAGAAACACAGCGGCAGGAAAUUGUAGCGAAGAUCAAUGAAGUGGUCAUAAAUUACAUCUGUCUCCUGAAAGCUGCUGAGGCAGCCACUGGAAAGACCACUGGGGGUCCUAAUGUUGGACUCUCGACACGACAUUCAACCACCAUGGCCGCUCUCGUAAGCACACUAACACGUUCUCUCAAAAUGCUUUUAAAUAAAUAAAUAUGAAAGUCACAUCAUAAUCUACCUUUGCAAAGCCAUACAUGAACUUUUAUUUACUUUGUGUGUACGAUAAACAGAUGUCUCCUUUCUUCUCUCUGUAUAUUUUGUUAUUUUAUAUAAAAUAGGAGAUAAAAGUCACACUGAUGAUAUGUUGAAAUGUACUAAUAGGAUGUAUUCUGUUUAUAUUAUACGUAUAUGUACAUGUAAAAGAAAUGUACAAGAAAGUGAUGACAUUUGGCUAUUUUUCAUAUAGUCAAAACUCCAGGUAUAUGAUGUGAAAUUUUAAAUUCUUCCGUGUUAGAGCAAAACAAUGAAUCCUAUUCCCUUUCCUUCCAAGCAGAUACUUGGAGACCGUAUCAUUCAUAUUUACAAGUGAAAACAAAAGAAAAAAAAGAAAAGAAAAGAAAGGAAAUCACAAUGUAUAUAAAACAAUACUUAUGUUUUAAAAUUAUGAUUUUUAAGCAUUGGAAAUAGCAAAAAGACAUUUAAAAUUCAAGAAGCUAUUAUGAAUUACUAGAGAAUAUAUAUAUAUAUAUAUAAUAAAUUACUUUUUUGCUCAUAGAGUUUGGUUAUUGGAUGCUUUCUUCCAAGAAUCCCACAUAUUUAAUUUAGGUUUAUGAUAUUUGGUCUACAAAUGGGUAGGGGAUGGAGACUACUAUGUCAACACAAAUGCUCUUCACAGUGUUUCUAGAAUUUAAAAACCUCCCGAAAGUCCAUGGAAAUAUUUGUUCUAUUUUUUCCAUGAAGUUUUUGAAGUACCCUUGUAAAAGAACAGAGAGAAUGAUGGACGGGUACCUAGGUAAUGUUUAGAGUUAUUGAUUACCUAAUCACAUAAAAUGAAUGAAAUUAAUAAUAUCAAAAUUAAAUUGUUUGAUGGAAAGAGAGAUUUGCUUUGACUAAAUGUCAAAAUCUGUAAGCCAAAGACAUCUCUCCCCACCCCAACUCAACCAUGAAACUUAAUAUUCCCUUUAAAGUGACAGAACACUUAGUAAAGUAUUUGCAAAAUUACAAAAAGGAACACUUAAGGAUCACCAAAAGCAAGCACAGACCCAGUACUGUAGACCAGAGUCACCUCUCAGGUGGCAGCUCUCAGCACAGAGCUUCACACAUCACCUCCUCUACAGGGUCCCAGGCUGCCAAACAAAUUUGGAAUUACACCCUAAUACUGAGACAAAAUUUCCAAUCUGGAAUGCUCCAGAAAAUCAGGGAGAGAUAGCUACUCUAAUAAUAGAAGCCAUGAUUGAAUUAAUAAUAAAGUACUUAUUGAAUACUUAAUCUGGAUAGGCUGAUAGAAAUGUAAAAUCUAAAAGAAAAAAAAAGUAAAUUGUACUAUUUCUGGUGAAACCAACAGAAUGCAAAGAAGUUUUCAGAACUGUCACCUCUCUAAAAAUAUAUCUUUGGGUCAAAACAAAAGGAUGCAAACUCUGCAAUUGUAAAAUAAAAUUGAUAUGUAUAUACGUAUUUUCUGAGUCAUUCAGUGCUCAAGCUAUACACUCCUCUUUAUGAAGAUGGCUCCUUAGAAUAUGACAGGAGUAUAGCAGGUGCAAAUAUUGCCAUUUUUGUAGCCUACUGGGCAGGAAGCCUAACAGAAUCCACAAUUGCAAUCUCUCUCUAGCCAGUCUUUUCCCCAGAGUCUCAACAACAAAAGCCAUGAUGUUUAUAGAUGGUAGCAAACAAAAGGAAUUUAAGCAUGUGUUAUUAUAAAUAAUGUUUAAUUAAAUAAUAAAACAUUAUUUCAUUACAGUUAUAAAUAUUGGUGUUUUGAUAUUGAGAGAUAUUAGUGGUGUUUUCUGUGGAAAAUCUUAGUAAAUAUCAUUUUGUGUACUAAAAUAUUAACAUAUUAAUAGGAUGUGUGCUCCAUGUCAGACAACGUGCUAAACAUAUCACAUAUAUUAUCUCAUUUAAUCAUCACAACAAUAUUAUGCUUUGGACACUAUUAUUAAUUCUCUCUGGAGGCAAUAUGGUUUAGUAGAUAUUGAUAUGGGAUUGGGAUCAGAAACAUCUUGAUUUAAAUUUUAACUGCUAUUUUCUAGCCUUUUCAUCUUGGGAAAGCUAUUUUUUUCCAAGUCUCAAUUUUCUCAUAGUAAAAUGGAAAUCAAUAAUAAGAUCUAUUUCUAUAGGGUUGUCAUGAGUUUUGAGUAAAAUUACAUAUGUAAAGUUUUUACCACAAUACUUGGCAGAGAGUAAGUACUCGAGUAAUGUUGAUAUUAUUUUCAUCAUAAUCAUUGUAUUAAAUAUAUUGCCCAAAAUGA